UUAAAGCGCUCACUCAUUUUGCAUGUGGGGCCUACAAACUCGGGCAAGACUCACGAGGCAUUAGAACGCAUGCAGAGGGCGGCAAGCGGGAUAUAUUGCGGGCCUUUGCGACUCCUUGCUUGGGAAGUGUACGAAA